UGAAUGCAACGUCAACACAUACAAUAAUUACCUACCUAUGUGUACGACUAGAAAAAAAUCAGAAGGAACAAUCAAAUCACUAAAUUAUUAGAAAUAUUAAGAUAAAAAGUUAAUAUUGUUCUUUUUGUGAUUAACAUGAAAAUUUUCUACAAUUGUUUAUUCCGCAAUAGUUAUUAUUAAAAUUUAUUAUUAUAAUACGGGAGUAAUUUCAAAGUACCUAAGGGAAUAAUUAAGAAGUUUGUAUUAUAUUACCUAUUAUGUUGCUUAAAAUAAAUAUAUUAGACGUAUAAAAAUUAGAAACUCUUUAAAAAAAUGUGUCAUUAAAAGUUGUGUGUUAAUUAGAAGAAUUUCUCUAUUGGAUCUAAGAAAAAUUUUACUUUGGAUAAAUCAACUUAGUACCUAUGAAGUCAACAGAUGAGACCAGUGAAACUGUACCUGAAGUAGAAGCAGAAACACAGCUCACAGCAGAGAAUAUGGAUGAGGAUACAAAAAAAUCACAAGUAUAUGCAGGCAGUAAAAGAGGUUAUAUAAAAUAUGUUAGCUUAGUCAUUCUAACUUUACAAAAUGCUGUAUUGGGUCUCAGUAUGCGAUAUGCCCGCACAAGAGAUGUGGAGAUGUUUUCAUCGUCAGCAGCUGUAUUUAUGGCGGAGGUAUUUAAACUAAUAAUUUGCGUUGCCCUUGUGAUGCAAGAAUCUGGCAAUAUUAAAAAGGGAGUACAUUCUAUGUAUACAACCGUCAUAUUGAACGUGAAGGACACUCUACGAGUUUGUGUGCCAUCUUUUCUUUAUAUUGUGCAAAAUAAUUUACUUUAUGUGUCUGCAUCAAACCUAGACGCUGCAACGUACCAGGUUACGUAUCAAUUAAAAUUGCUGACAACUGCGUUGUUUGCUGUAGUCGUUUUAAAAAGAAAACUCAAAAAGUGGCAAUGGUUGGCUCUAGGACUAUUAGCUGCAGGCGUGGCACUUGUACAGUUGUCCUCUACGGGGACAUCUGGAAGCAACAAAACAUCCCCUAAUUUACCACAACAAUCCAGAGUAUUAGGAUUUAGUGCGGCAUUAGCAGCUUGUUUUAUUUCGGGAUUUGCAGGAAUUUAUUUCGAAAAAGUGUUGAAGGAGUCUGAUAUAUCUGUAAGUAUAUUAAAAUGUAGCAUGAAUGAAAUUUAUCACAAUUUUUUCUAUAAAUUCUAUAAACAAUAGAAUUAUUGGUAAAAU